UUGACGGCGGACGCGAAGUUGGAGGUGUCUGGUCCGUCGAUCGGGCUUCCGUCGGCACAAGCCAGUUUGACCGGACCCCAAUUUGAUGUGCGAGCUCCGGACGUGUCAGUCGGCGGAGAUUUGGGAGCGCAAGCGGAUGUUGGUGGCGUUGCGGACGUGAGUGUGAGCGGAGGUUUGGAUGUGCCAGAGGUGUCCGUACCCGAUUUGUCUGGUGAGUUCGCAUUGCCGGGUGUUCCGAGCUCGUUGGAUGUUGAUGUGAACAUGCCCACUGUGCAGGUGGAUGCGACGGCGCCCGGCGUGCAGGUGAGCGUGCCACAAUUGAAAUCUCCCGAUGUGGGCGUGGACGUUGGUCUUGGAGGAGUUGGGCAGGUGGAUGCGAACGCACAGCUCGAUGCUCCGGGUUUCGCAUUGAAGAAGCCGAAGUUUGGUUUCCGGUUCGGGAAGAAAGCGAAGAAACCGAAAGCGGUGGCACCCGAAGUUGAGGUUCCUGGAGCUGGUGUGGAUGCUUCGGUGUCUUUGCCUGCUGUGGACACG